ACGUAUCGAACGAACGUGGCGUCCAACGAGAGCAACAACAGUGCCGCGGGUGGCAGUGGCAGUGGCGCAGAAUCUGCCGCACUGUUCUCCAAACUACGUAGCUUCUCCAUCGGCAGCGGGCCCAACUCGCCGCAGCGAGUCGUCUCCAAUUUGCGCGGUUUUCUAACACAUCGCCUCAGCAAUAUCACACCUAGCGAUACAGGAUGGAAAGACUCUAUUCUGUCAAUACCCAAGAAAUGGCUUUCCACUGCAGAGUCCGUAGACGAAUUUGGAUUUCCUGACACACUACCCAAAGUACCUGUCCCACCGCUAGAACAGACCAUGGCCGACUAUAUCCGAGCUCUGGAGCCCAUCACAACGGCAGCCCAACUUGAACGCACCAAAGGCCUGAUCAAACAAUUUGCGGCGCCGCAGGCUCUGGGAUCGAGACUGCAUCUGUAUUUGCUGGAUAAGCGCGAGGCUGAAGAUAAUUGGGCCUACUACUAUUGGCUCAACGAUAUGUACAUGAAUGUGCGUAUACCCUUGCCCAUUAACUCGAAUCCUGGCAUGGUGCUUCCCCCACACCGCUUCAAGACCGUGCACGAUGUGGCCCACUUUGCGGCGCGCCUCCUCGAUGGCAUAUUGGCGCACAAAGAGAUGCUGGACAGCGGGCAGCUGCCUUUGGAGCGAGCCGCUUCACGCGAGAAGAAUCAGCCGCUAUGCAUGGCCCAGUACUAUCGUCUAUUGGGCUCCUGUCGUCGCCCAGGCGUGGAGCGCGAUUCUCAGUUCUUGCCACAGCGGCAACACCUACCUGAACAGGAUCAUCAUGUGGUCGUGAUCUGCCGCAACCAAAUGUAUUGCGUGGUCCUGCAGGCCAACGAUCGUGGCAAGCUCUCGGAAAGUGAAAUUGCCUCGCAAAUCCUUUACGUGUUAAGCGAUGCCCCUUGCCUGCCCGCCAAGCCGGCACCUGUUGGUCUGCUCACUGCCGAGCCAAGGACACGCUGGGCACAAGAUCGUGCCGCUCUCGCCGCCUCCGAUGAGCGCAAUCAGCGCAAUCUGGAGCUGAUCGAAACGGCGCUUGUGGUAUUGUGUCUGGAUGAGCCGCUGGCUCUCAACUUCAAUGCUCGCGGCUUUAGCGGCGCCACCCCCUCAGUCCACAUGGCUGGCGAACGCGACGAGACGAACAUGGCUCACGAAAUGAUACAUGGAGGCGGAAGCGAGUACAAUUCCGGCAAUCGUUGGUUCGACAAAACAAUGCAGCUCAUCAUCUGCACCGAUGGGACUUGGGGACUGUGCUACGAACACUCAACAUCUGAGGGAAUCGCUGUGGUGCAGCUGCUCGAGAAGAUUUACAAGCACAUUGUGGAUAAUAAGACCGAAGAUAAUGGCCUGCCGCAGCAUCAUUUGCCGCCACCGGAACGUCUUGAAUGGCAUGUGGGCUUUGAGGUGCAGCAACGCUUUGCACAGGCAUCCAGAUCGGUGGAUAGGGCUAUUGACGAUCUCGACUUUUAUGUCUAUCGUUACAUGGGCUAUGGGAAAAACUUCAUCAAGUCCUGUCAGGUCAGUCCAGAUGUGUACAUUCAGCUAUCGCUGCAGCUGGCCUACUACAAACUCUAUGGUCAUCUGGUUGCCACUUACGAGAGUGCUUCCACAAGACGCUUCCUGCAAGGUCGCGUCGAUUGCAUACGAGCUGCCAGCACUGAGGCCUUGGAAUGGGCCAAGGCCAUGUGCCAGGGUGAAGGACCCAAUGUGCCCCUGGAGAGCGAUCGCGAAGAUGAGGAUGAUGGGCGCAAAGUCAAAUUCAGCAUUUAUAGCAAAGAACAUCUACGUGAGCUCUUUCGCUGCGCAGUGGCGCGACAAACCGAGGUCAUGGUUCAAAAUAUUCUGGGCCAUGGUAUUGAUAUACCACUGUUGGGUCUGCGCGAAGCCAGCAUCGAGGUUACGGGCGAAAUGCAUGAGCUCUUCAACGAUGAAUCGUACAAGAUUUCACAGUGUUUCUUGUUAUCCACUAGUCAGGUGGCAUGCAGUACGGACAGCUUUAUGGGCUAUGGGCCCGUCACACCACGCGGCUACGGUUGUUCCUAUAAUCCUCACCCGGAUCAGAUCGUUUUCUGUGUGUCGGCUUUCUACUCUUGUGAAGACACAAGCGCCUCACGCUAUGCCAAGUCCCUCCAGGACUCUCUAGAUAUUAUGCGCGACCUGCUGGAGAAUUAAUUGACAUAAAAUCACGUAUACGUAACGUAUACACAUAACGAACAUACAUAUCAGCAAAAGUACCUUAGCAACAACCUUUAUGAACCAUAAAAUAUAAACUAAAUGUAACUCUGUAGUUAACUAGCGUCCACUUGUAAUGAAAGAUAAUUGUAUGUAUUAGUUAAUAUUCAUGUUAUCCACCGUUGGGGCUACUAUAAAUCCAAAAGUACACACCUAUAUGUCAAUCAUAAAGCAAACUCAUUAAGUUAUGGAGAAACAAAAAAAAAAUCAUUUGCUGGACGUCUAUACUCGUAUAAUGAAAACAAAUUAUAAAAACACACACUCUAGUCAAUUAAAUGUUUUAGAGCAAUUUUAACCGUAAACAUUAGUGAUGUUAAAAAAAUAUAUUAUAAAUGUAUGCGUUUAUUGAGUUAAGCAAAAAAAAUAUGCAAUAAUCUUUUUAAAGGCUACCUAAUUGAAUUUAACUCGAACAGUUUUACAAGCACUGUGUGCACUGUGCUUUUGCCUCAGCGCGAAAAUAUGCAAUACUUUUCUGUUACCAACAUACACAGCUUAUCAAUGUUAUCAAUAAUCCCAAAAACUGUUUUCCAAUGCUUUGUUAUUGUUGUUCCGUUGCUUGUUUCAACAACUAAAAACAUAGCUGUUGACAAAUUAUUUAAUGCGCGUUAUUUGUGUGUAGUAGCUGCUUACAGAGAUUUACAAAUAUAUAAAA